ACCGGAUCCAGCUGAACUGAACGCUGCCGCCCAUCUAGGGAAUCCCCUGCUGCUGUCGCGCCAGCACUUGUUUGAUCGAGAGCGGCACACCAGACGCAAUCACCACCAACCACUCACUCCCAUCUUGUCGGCUGACGAUCUUGCAGGGCGAACUGUACCCUCUGCACGGUCACAGCCAUCCUUUCUAUUCCUGUCCUGCCCUCCUUGUCUGGCUUAUCCAGCCUAUCCCUCCACAGAAGGGAAACGAAAAGAGAAAAAGGGCCUUUUCGGACACCUUUCGUCUUCGUCGUCACUCCCUUGGGUUUUGAAGCCGCCCCGAUCGCGUCUAGACCAUCCGUCAACUUCACUCAUUCAUGGGGCGAUUCAAUAAAACAACUCUAACGACCUCUCACCGGACUACCUAAGAAGCCGGCGCUUCUCUUUGUCCGUCCAUACAGUUUUAACCGUGACGCGCGAGUUUGAAGGCUUGCCGAUUAGCUCUUCUCCCGUCGUGUUUCAGAUACCUGUGCCACUGCAUCUCGGACAAGAGCAAAGACGUGCUUUUUUGGCUCUAUUCUUUCAUUACCACGAUUAUUCUCCCUUCCUUUCCCUCCAUUCUCUCAUGUGUGAUUUCCCCCAGAUUGUCUAAUCCAAUAUGUUCUGGCGUUUCGGGGGAUAUGCGAGUGUCUCCACCAUCGAUGCUCUGCUUGACAAGCCUGAUGUCACGCUCGAGGAAAUCUUGGACGACUCCGAGCUCAUACAGGAGCUCAAUCAACAUAAUUCAAAGCUCAUAGAAUAUUUACGAGAAGAUAAUGUCUUGAAACGACUUAUGGACUAUGUGAUUGCACCUGGUCAAAAUGAAGAUGAUAACGAGGACGAAGCCAACGAGAACAAUGAUUCGCAACGCGCUACUUCCAAGGAGGAUACGGACCUGGAUCCACUAAGGGAACUCUUGGACCCUGAUGACAUCGAAAAGGCUGAGCAAAACCGUCUGAAGCGUGCCUACGUUGCAUCCAAGAUCCUUUCAUCCGAAACAUGGUCGAUAUUGGACUCCAUAACGCAAAAUCCCGAAUAUCUGCGGGAUUUUUGGGGUUUCUUGCGACGGCGUCCUCCCCUAGACUCCAUGCAGGCCAGCUAUUUUACCAAAGUGAAUGAGUCGUUGUUCAGUAGGAAGACCGACUCCAUGCUGGAAUUCUUCACGUCCUUAGAUGGGAUUGUUGCGGAUAUGUUACAGCAUGUUGAUAACGCUAUGGUUAUGGAUCUUCUGCUGAAGAUUAUAAGCCUGGAGAAGGCCGAAGGAGGCCAAGGAAUAGUUGAUUGGCUGAAAUCGCGAGACUUGAUACCCACACUACUUUCCUUCCUAUCACGCGAAUGGCCUGCUUCUAUGCAAACGGCUGCAGGUGAUUUUCUCAAAGCUAUCAUAACGAUAUCUGCGAAUGCCACCCAAAAUGACCAGACGUGUAUUGGACCUAAUAGUUUGACUCGGCAACUGGUAUCUGCGCAGUGCGUGGAGACCCUUAUCUCGGCAAUGCUACAAGGUGGUAAUCCAUUGACAGUUGGCGUGGGCAUAGUGAUUGAGGUCAUUCGUAAAAACAACUCAGACUAUGAUCCAGAAAAUAUUGGUGGACCAGAUACAAUACCAACUACCUAUGACCCCAUCUAUCUUGGUACGCUACUCCGUCUUUUUGCAAACCGCAUACCGGACUUUAUGGAAUUAAUCCGCAGCUCGAAACACAACGUUAUUGAGUAUGGCAACAUUCGUCGCGUCGAGCGGGGGCAGCUAAAUUCAGCAUGGGGUGCAAAAAUUGAGCCAUUAGGCUUCGACAGGUUCAAGACCUGUGAGUUAAUGGCAGAGUUGCUGCAUUGCAGCAACAUGGGGCUACUUAAUGAACCUGGAAGCGAAGAUUACGUUCGACAGCGAGAUGCCGAACGCGAAAAAUUGACGGCCACUGUCUAUCCUCCAAGAGACACAUCUGGUGUUGAUCUCCAUGACGCAACCACUGAUUUUGGGCACGAUUCUACACUCAGCGCUGAAGCACCAAGGGAUUCCAAGCCAACUGAAGGGAUAGGCGCGGGCGAAGAGGAUGGUUUUGAGGACGUCAGUUCGUCCGGCGUUCUAGUGGAAGGGGAGAAAGAAACCGAAAAUCAUGAAGGCGACAAAGAAAAACCGAAGAUGGAGAAUUUCACAGCCGCUGCGUCAGAGACAACUGAAGGUGAAGUCAAUGCUAUUUCUGUUCAGGAGCCAUCGCCGGAGUCGAAAGAUGAUAGCGAUCGCAAAUUAGAGACUCCUGAAGCAUCGCAGCCUUCUGGUCCUGUAUCACCGACGACAUCCCUCGUCGACAAAUUUCACAAGAUAAAGCUCGAUGAGGAGCAUAAAUCGUCAGAAAGUACCUCAGGGCCCCAAGAACCAGAAGAUACUCCGAAGACUGUUUCUGGUGCUGAACAACAGGCAGAACCCUCCGUUUCUGAUAUCCUUUCUACUGAUCAUGCUCCUGCAGCUGAGGCAAGCGCUGAAGAGCCUGCCACGUGUUCCGGCCCUAACAGCGCCAAUGAUGAGCUCUCCCAUCGGACUAUCCAGUUUGAUAUUAAUGGACAGCCGGUUGUCGGUGACUAUCUCAAAAUCAUGUUUGUAGAAAAUCAAGUUGUGCCAACAAUUCUGGGAUUCUUUUUCCAUUUCCCAUGGAACAACUUCCUUCACAAUGUAGUAUAUGAUGUCGUUCAACAGGUAUUUAACGGACCUAUGGAGCGGGGAUACAACCGUGUCUUGGCUAUAGACGUUUUUCGAACAGGCCGGAUAACACAACGCAUUGUUGAAGGCCAAAGAUGCAGCGAUGAAUCGGAGAAAAUCAAACACAUGCGACUUGGUUAUAUGGGGCAUCUAACUCUUAUCGCAGAAGAAGUUGUGAAGUUUAGUGAACGUCUCUCUCCAGAUUUACUGACCGAUAUUGUCAUGGAUAGCGUGCUGAAUGAGGAAUGGGUGCGCUACGUCGAGCAAAUCCUAUCGGAGACUAGGGAGCGUGAUAACGCGAUCCUCGGAGGCGUACGGCCUGAGCUGUCUAUGGGUCAACGCCAGGCCAUUGUCAAUGCGGCUCAAGGCUAUAACGGCUCAUCGACCCUAGCCGAUGCUGGUCUAAACGGGGAUCUGGGUUCAAGCUUCCAGGGCUUCGAUAUGGUCAACCAGGGAAGCAUUUCUGGGGGCGUUUUCAAUUUCGGGGGGUCCGGCAAUUCCUUAUUGAGUGGCUUUGGAAGUUCGAGCGAUGAGGACGACGACGAACUAGAAGAGCAGGAUGACAGGAUCGAAACAGAUAACGCUACGGAUGGUAGUCCCGAAAAUGUAGGUGACGAUGCUUCCUUUACUGGAGUUCGCUUGCAAGAUUCUUGAUCACAUACAUCCGCUCGUCUUUUGCUAUCUCUUUCAUCGAUUCUUUCUGGGUUUUAUUGCUUCUCAAGCGCUGGCGCGUGAUAAGCGAUUGAGAGACCGCCCUAGCGACCACGUAGAGGCGCAAAGCGCCUCUUCUUGUGGAUAGAGUUGAUGUCUUUUGGGGUCUUUUUCUGGCACAUCCCCAAAGUUGUGGCGUAUUCUCUACGAAGCAGAAGCCAAAUCUACUACUGAAGCAAACAGUUUCUCUGGUCUUUGCUUAGACAUUGAUCUAGAAACCCAUAUUCAUAUCUAUAUUUAACAAGAUAUGAUGGCAUUCACGGACGUUUUCUUCGUGAUUGGCGUCCUUCAGAGGGAGAUAGGCGGGCUUCACCACUCUCCCUCAACUCUGCCUUUUGCUUCUUUUAUUUGAGCCUUGCUCGUUUGUUCUAUCACCCUGGUUUCUGCUGCAGAUUACGAUUUGCCUUGGUUGCUAAUUCUUCCUUGGGACACUGCUAACGUGUUUUUUUAAGGGUUCAUCCAAUUCAACGAGCCAACCAAUACCCAUCCUCCCGCCACCUCCAGCUCCCUUGAGUACGGGUCCUUCCCGAGCUCGGCGGCAAUUCGCGGCACGGCUCGCCCAAAAGCAGCAGGCCUCUGAAAGUGCCGAAGGUGACGAUGAAGGAGAGGCAGGGACACAUGGCAAUGACAACGCCGAGGACCAAUGGCCCUCUAAUCCAUUUGUGAUUGCGGGAAUAGACGAUGAUGGCAACAAUGGAGAAUCACCCUCCACAGCUACAUUCCCGUCCAACUUCCAGUCGUCCAACCGGGACGACAUCUUUUUGUCGUCGCCUUUCCCUGAUGCAGGCUUUAGCCCCCCGGAUUCUUUGUCUACCAAUUCCUCCGACGAGGGUGGCGAAGGGCCAACUGAAUCCGUGAGGCGCACAGUUCGUGUACCCCUUGAAGUCGAUGACGAGGACGAGGAAAUGGGCGAAAUGGUUGGACCAAGCUUGUCGGUCGGCUCUGGUAUGAUGGACUCGGACGAAGAAGAUGAGGCUAUCAUCAACGAGUCUUUGGGAUACUCGAAUCUCUUUUUAGUUGGCAAAUAUAAAGGAUACCAUGGCUCGCACGCACUAGGCUCCAAUUUCGAUGAUGAGGACCAGAAUGAUAGCAGUGAUGGCGAAGACGACGGAUUGGUUGAGAUACUGGUCCCAGGAAGAAAAUCAUCGACAAGCUCCCGUUGAAAAAGCAGAUAUCAUCCUUCCCGCUCUUCUCUAUACUGCUGGCUUGCAUAGUCCUUGCAUCUGUGCCAGUAGCUUCAUGAAUUCAGAUGGGCCAUUGCUUGCCACCAUCUUUUGAAUGGAUCUUCUCUUACGACCCCUACACUUCUCGAUACUCACAAUGCUGUAUAUAUAUUUUUGUCUUUGUGGUGCCUAUACCCCAGUUCACUUUGAGAUGGGACUGGUGAGUAUGCCUGGAACUGGUUACGCAAGGGGGGCAUUCUAUUUUUUUAUGGAUCAGAGCGGCAUGCAUGGUUUAUAAAAAAGACAGAAGAGGGGACAGGGGCAACUUUCGGAAUUUCUAUUGUCAUGGGGGGGUAAUUGAAGAAUGAUCGGUCAAGUUACGGGUUACCUACAUGUUUUCGGCUUUUGCGCAAUGAGUGUGGUGGUGUUUCGGCUCUUCCAUUCCUCCCCGGCUUGGAUUUGCUGCUCUCGCAGAAUUGACGGCUAUUAUCUACUACAGGUUUAUGAGAUUUUCGUUUACGCUUAUUGCUACAGUGCCUGGUUUUGGACUUGUUUGUUGCAUGCUUUUCAUGGAGGCCAUGACCGCAUGAGUUUCUUAAUUUAUGAGCUUUUCUGCUUUCCUUUUGUCUGUUUCCUUGUUUCUUCUCCAAUGACUUUCUUUUUUCAACAAAAUUUCCAUUUUGCCAUUCAGUUUAUCAUUGUGUUACUGACUGGCCUGUACAAUAACCGUGCAUGCAUUUUAUGUUUUUUGGAGAAGGGAAUUGAAUGGAUAACUUUGACUUUUAAUGCUUCCUUACCUGGAGCCAUUACGGAUUCCUGAUAUCAAACCAAAUGGCGAUAAAUACAAGAUCUUCACUUUAACGCGACACU